CUCAACAAAGCAAAGGGCGUCGUUUUUCGUCAUCCAUGGAGACGCACGGUUAGAAAUGGUUUGGUGGGUGGUGACUAAGUACUAAAAUAAGGUAUGUUGUGUAGCAACGAUAAUAAGUUUGUUAUUUUGAUUUUAAUUUGAGAACAAAUAUUGAGAACAAAUACUUUCUACGGCACGUUAUAUUAACGCUUUUUUUGUGCGGGACAACUAGAUUCAUACACAUUACUGUUGCAGAUUCCGCAAACACUUUUCAGAAGUAUAGUGGAGUGUGACUUCACAGCAGGAUCCUGAGACUCUGAAGGGAAACUGGAGCAGCAAGUCGUGGAGACAGUGCAGCAACUCCAGCGUGAGACACACAGACCCGGUGGUGCAAAAUAGCUCCUGUUUCAGUCUUGAAACACAAAAGUCCCCCUAUUGGGAAAUAAAAUGGCCUUUGCUCCAAGGACCACAAAUGGAUCAAAGAUGCAGACAAAGAUGAGCACCUGGACACCCUUAAACCACCAGCAAUCCAAUGAUCAGGUUUUUGACGAAAGGAAGAAUCUGCUUGGCAAAUGGUUUGAUAAGUGGACAGACUCACAGCGGAAACAGAUCCUGCUAGAUCUCUUUGGAAGGUGCUCAACAGCUCAACUGCGCUUUGUAUGCAGGAAUCUCCAGAAUCGAGUCCCAGAAGUGGCUCUAGAUUUCACCACUGUACUGCCCAGAGUGCUGGCACUCUAUAUAUUCUCCUUUCUUGACCCCCGCAGCCUCUGCAGGUGUGCUCAGGUGAGCUGGCACUGGAGGUACCUGAUAGAAUUGGAUCAGCUGUGGAUGCCCAAGUGCCUGCGGUUUGGCUGGUGGAUAAACUUUUCACCUACUCCGUUCGAGCAGGGAGUCUGGAAGAGGCACUACAUUGAAAUGGUUCGGGAGCUGCAUGUCACCAGACCAAAGACUCCCCAAAAGACAGAGUUUAUUGUUCCAGAAGUCGAGCCAAUCCGAAAGGAUGUCUUGGACUUGACACUGAGUCACUCCUCUCUGUCCCAGUUGGUGCCCUUAUCCCGGAGGGGAACUUUUGGGAAAGCAUCUAGGAUGCCGGGGAAAGGGCUUCCACCCUGGAAGUCCUCCGACAAGCACCCGACUGACACCCUGCGUUUCAACUACCUUGACAACUUCGACCCCCUCGAACAGGCACACCAAGGACGAAACAAAGGAGAGGGGAUUAAUCCCGAUCUCAGCAAAAUGGAACAUGAAAGGAAGAAGCCACCCUCCACCAUAACCUACAAACUACGCAAAGCAAAGUCACUUAUGUUACUGAAUUCUAGUCAGCAAAUGCCAAGCCGUCCCACAUGGGCAACAAAUGAAUCCACAGAAUACCCUAUAACCAAGGCAACUGUAAAGACUCUUGCACAGACCACUGAGUGGAAUGCUGGAAUACGACCAGGGCCUGUUCGACCUCCAGUCCUCAAGAUGAGCAAGAAGGAAAAGAAGGCCUCACAGCACCCACAGAGAAGUUCUCCCUGGAUCUUGGCCUGUCUCUCCGUAAUUGACGCUGCGUGCGAUAUAUCUUAUACACAGCACCGCUGUUUGAGAGCCAGCCAUGGCAAGUACUUCCAUCGGAACAUGGAUCAGAUCAAGAAUAACAACCAGGCACUUAGAAGAGUUUGCCCUCCUGGUAGGCUUGAGGACUAUAAUGAAAAUGCCAAUAAUAAUAAUAAUAAUCGGUAUGCAUACAGGUGGCAUUUAUACAGAGGUACACAGUAUUUACAUCUUCCUUUUCAUUUCUGACAUUCAUCAGGUAGACAAUAUUUCUUAGUGUGGUAAACCGCUUGUAUUGAGAAUUAUUUUAUUAUAUAGUACAUAGGGCCUACGUAUACAUAUUUUUGAUAUCAAAGUAUCAAAAAAAAAAAAUAGUCUGUCUUUUGGAACCACUGUAUAUUCUGUAAAACACACAGUAGCAAGUGGAGACUUAUCCCUCCGGACUAGAGUACCCCUGAUUAGUAAACUAUACAGAACACUAUACAUUUAAAAAUGUGUUAAUUGAAUUGUUGACAAAUAUUCCAUCCCAGCAUAUAUUUAUGUUUACCAACCCCUAUGCAACCUUUGCACUAGUUGUUAAAAUAUACAAAAUAAUGUGCUUAUAUGUACAUUCUGUUAUUAAUGUUAUCAAAAGCUGUGUUGUUUCUUAAUAAUUGUUAAUAUAAAGCUUUUGCACUUCAACAAAACCUUAUUAAAUCUGGAAACAGACAACUUGUGUAAUGGGACAGGGGAAAAUGGAAAUAUAUCAAGUGUACUCUUAAUUUAGUACCAAUAAAGUAGCUAUGGAAUAUUUUUUUUAUUGCUAUUAGGACAUUAUGUUUGUGUUUCAGAUGUGAUGCUGAGCUCUGUUACGCUGUCUGAUGUGCCUGCAGGUCAUAUUUGAUUGUAUCUAUUUAAGAAGCAAUUGAAUCAACUGGAGGACAUUUGUCGAUAAAAAAUACUCUACACAAGAAUUUACAAUUGUAGCACAAAUAGAUUUAUACUUUUCAUUUGAGUAAGCAUAAAUACAGUCAAACCCUUUUCAUAUCAGUUCUAACAGUUAACUUUAUCAAGAGGAUAAGGUUACAGGAUAUAUUCCUUUUUUUUACUAAGUGUCACUCUACACAUAAUGCAAUAUAUGUAUUGACUGGAAAGAUUACAAUUCUGGACAUUAAUAUAUUUCCCCUUAGUACUACAUGUUAAAUACCGGUAUCUAAUGCGAUAGUUUAAUCUUCAUAGUGUUGUACUGCAUUCUUUUUCAAUUAUAAACAAUUUUACCUUACCUGAAAAA